CCCAACGACAGCGUUCCCUUGCGAUGUGAGAGACCAAAUUACAGACGAAACGAUGAGUGACUCUUCAAUCAACCCGUUGCUGCUGAUCGGCGUGGGAUCCAGCUUUGCCUGCUCUGGCUUAUUCUAUCACUUGUAUCAAGAAAAGAAAAAAGAGCUACAGAAGCUGAAGGAGAUUCCUUUUUUCAGGCCAGACCAACAUUUGGUCAGAUUACUGAGAGCGUCCCCCCACAAACGACUUCAGUAUGUUGCAAUAGAAGGGCUUGUCCAAGCAGACGGAGAGCCUCUGGCGAGCCAGUUUGUCCCCCGUUGCUUCAGUGUAAUUCAGAAGAUAGUGGUGGAGGAGCACUGGAGAUACUGGAAUUCCCUGUCCAGAACAUGGAAUUCUCGGACGACGAAUAGGAAAGAGACGAAAAACUCGGUGCCCUUCAGUCUGGUGCUUCCAGGGGCCUUCAUAAGUGACCUGUACGUAAAGGUUCAGAACCCAUUGGAGGCCUCUGGCUGUUAUCUGGAGCGUGUUUACCACCGAAUAAGGCACGCUGAAGAGAGUUUGGCGGAUGUGUUGGUGCAGAGCCUUAGUGGCGAGAAACCUGUGGCCCAUGAAGAGAGUGAGGAGCUGCUGCGGGUGGGGUCCACCGUAACAGGGUUUGGGGAGGUGGUCUUAGAAGGAGGCCAGGUGAUGAGGUUGCAGGCACCACAAGAUGGGCGUCGUUACAUCCUAGUACCCACCGACUACGGGAGCUUCAUGGACAGGCAUGAGAGCUCGGCUAAAAUGUGGAAGGUGCUGACAGCCCUGUGUGGGAUCACAGGGACUUCUCUGUUAGUGGGAGGUAUCUACGGCUUUAUUGGAAAACAGGAUGGCAGAUCGAAAUAGUUCUAACCAAAGCAAUUCUCUGCUG